AUGGCCUCUUCUUCAUUCGACGUAGGUGCAAGUACCUCAAGGGUUAUAACAAUAAGUGAUGAUAAAAAGAGUAGAAGGAAAAACACUACGCCUCGUCAUUUGAGUUCCUAUGGGAAGAAGACUAGUAAAGCUCCAGUUCAAGCUCCAGAAACUGACAUCAAGGGGAAAGGGAAAAGAGUUUGCUUCAAAACCGAAUCUGAUGUAGGUGAGAUGAUGAAGAUCAGAGACAUGAAUUGUCCUAGAGAAACACAGUUGGUCAUAAAAGAACCUGUCCAGGAGAAUCUGCCCGUUGUGAGGUCAGACCAAACCAAUAACCGUCAAGACAGACCUGAGAAGGAGAAGAAUCCGGAGAGCUAUGGUUUCAAGCAAUGCGUGAAGCUGAUACGACAGCUAGAGUGUUCUAAUCUCAUCCAGAGUAGUUUUCGCCAAAAGUUCUUGACAUGGUUCAGCUUAAAAGCGACGGCUGAUGAGACAGUUGUGGUCAAGACAUUCAUCCAUUCUUUCCAGGAUGAUUCAGUUGCUCUAGCUGAACAGCUCGUUGACAUAUUCUCUUAUUGCGCAUCAAUGAAGGGUUCUGCCAAUACUGGCUUAGGUGUUGGCGUUGGCGGUGAUGGAGGUGGUAGUAGUGGUGCCUCAUGUAAGAAGCCUCGACAUUGAUUUAGUGUGGAGGGUGCCUCAUACAAGCAUUAUUCAUGUUUCAAGUUUGAGUAUUUUGUUUUCUUUGUUUGGGAUCAUCACUUAGAAAGAGUCUCAACUUCUA